CCGCCCCUGUGACAGGCUCUGGGUGGCCGCGCCCGACUUCCCAGCAUGCCCGCGCGGUCUCCCUGGCAACAGUGCCCAACAUCCGUGGCGAGCAGUGGUCCUGGAGCUCGGAGGGUCCUAGAGGCCUGCUCAAACUACGUCCCGCUUACUGGCGGGACUCAGCAGCCCCUGGCGCCGCUCCUCCGCUCUCGACCCCGGAAGGCAUUGAUCGACGCUACUUGGAUGAAUUCGACCAUCUCUUAGGAGAUUUGGAUGUUAAGUUUCUAUAAACAAAGAAAUCAGUUCUCUCCUGUUGGGGGCAAUGCUGAAAUUCCAAGAGGCUGCUAAGCAUAUGAGUGGAUCAGUAGCCAUUUCUAGUUAUCCAAAGACCUUGAUUGCAAGAAGAUAUGUGCUUCAACAGAAACUUGGCAGUGGAAGUUUUGGAACUGUCUAUCUGGUUUCAGAUAAGAAAGCCAAACAAGAAGAGGAAUUAAAGGUACUGAAGGAAAUCUCUGUUGGAGAACUCAAUCCAAAUGAGACUGUGCAGGCCAAUUUGGAGGCCCAACUCCUCUCCAAGCUGGACCACCCAGCCAUUGUCAAGUUCCACGCAAGCUUUGUGGAGCAAGAUAGUUUCUGCAUUAUCACAGAGUACUGUGAGGGCCGAGAUCUGGACUGUAAAAUUCAGGAAUAUAAAGAAGCUGGAGAAACCUUUCCAGAAAGUCAGAUAAUAGAGUGGUUUAUCCAGCUGUUGUUGGGAGUUGACUACAUGCAUGAAAGAAGGAUACUUCAUCGAGACUUGAAAUCAAAGAAUGUAUUUCUGAAAAAUAAUCAACUUAAAAUUGGGGAUUUUGGAGUGUCGCGACUCCUGAUGGGAACCUGUGAUCUAGCCACCACUCUAACUGGAACUCCCCAUUAUAUGAGUCCAGAGGCUCUGAAACACCAAGGCUACGACACAAAGUCGGACAUCUGGUCUCUGGCGUGCAUUUUAUAUGAGAUGUGCUGCAUGAAUCAUGCAUUCUCUGGCUCCAAUUUCUUGUCUAUCGUUUUAAAAAUUGUUGAAGGCGACACUCCUUCUCUCCCUAAGAGGUAUCCCAGAGCGCUGAACGCCAUCAUGGAACGCAUGUUGAACAAGAACCCUUCACUGAGACCAUCUGCUAUAGAAAUUUUAAAAAUCCCUUACAUUGAUGAACAACUACAGCUUCUGAGGUGUAGAUAUUCUGAAAUGAUUCCAGAAGACAAGAAUUUGAAUUGUCAGAAGGAGGCUGCUCACAUAACUGAUGCCAUACAAAAAAAGAUCCACCUACAGACUCUGCGGGCUCUCUCUGAAGUGCAGAGAAUGACGCCGAGAGAAAGGAUGCGGCUCCGAAAGCUCCAGGCAGCUGACGAGAAAGCCAGGAAGCUGAAAAAGCUUGUGGAAGAAAAAUAUGAAGAAAAUAACAAACGAAUGCAAGAAUUGAGAUCUCGGAACUUUCAGCAGCUAACGGUUGACGUACUUCGUGAAUUUGAUGACCCAACUUCAGAGAACCUGCCUGAAUCUCAGCCCAUUCCUUCCUUGAACUUCGGCAUGCUUGAGUCAAGAGUAGAGGACACCCUAGCUGACCUUGGAGAUCAUGGGAUCCCAGAAGACCCACUUACAGCUGAAGAGUAUUAUACUGACGCUUUUGAUUCCUGUUCUGAAGAGAGCGAGGAGGAGGCAGAAGAAACAGUGUUCUCGGGACUGGAGGAAGAGGUCAAGGAGGAGGGGCUGCAGCCUGAUUACAGAACAAACCAGCAGGGCAGUGACAUUGAAGCACUGGUCAGGUGUUUGGAAAAUGUCCUGGGUUGCACAUCUUUGGACUCAAGGACAGACACCAGCACAGCUCCAGACAUGUCCCCAGGACCAACAAUUUUCAACAGUGCGAUGGUCGGGACCAAGAUGAAACGCAUGAAGGAGUAA